AUGGUCAGAGGUCUUUAUAACGAACAGGCCCAGAUGCCUGGCAUAAGAGUUGUUGCCGGUUCUGGUGGCACAGGCCGGCAACGAGGGGGCGGGGGUGGGGGGGCUGUAGGGGGGUUGGGGAAGUGCAACUCCUCUCCUAGCGCCAAAGGCAUCAAUAAGAUACUAGACAGCGUGGGCAUCGAGGCAGACGAUGACCAGCUCAACAAGGUUAUCAGUGAGGUGAAUGGAAAAAACAUCGAGGAUGUCAUAGGUCAGGGUGUGGGCAAGCUCGCCAGUGUGCUUGCUGGUGGGGCUGCAGCUGUUUCUGCUGCCCCUGGCUCUGCAGCUCCUGCUGAUGGCUCUGCCCCUGCUGCAGGAGAGGAGAAGAAAGAGGAGAAGGAGGAGGAGUCCGAAGAGUCAGAUGAUGACACAGGAUUUGGCUUGUUUGAUUAA